GCCACUCAUUUCGUACAAAUCACAUUCAUUCUUCGUUCACUUCUUCAUCAUGCUCGCCCAUCUCUUGAUCGUCAUCUUUGGCUUCGCCGCCGCCCUUUGCCAGGCAGCCUACAGUUCGCAGCAGCCGUACCCAGAGAAGUUCAAGUACUGGGGAUGUGCCACUGUCGAUGCCGCCGGCUUUAGCAACCCCGUCCCGCUUCCCAACGGUGUCUUGACUCCUGAGAUGUGCCAGGCUGCUUGCAUCAACCACUUGUUUGCUGCCGUUUCUCCCACUGCUUGCCGCUGCGGAGACGACCCCAAUGCUAUCAAAUCCAUCAAUGAAGGAUUCUGCAACAACCCUUGCUCCGAAGAUCCCUACUCCCCCAUGUGUGGUGGAGGCUGCUCUGAGGGUGAAUCCGACAUCUCGAACCUGUUUGUCGUCCAGGCCGCAGUUAUUCAAGCCACCGAAACUCAGACUGAGCUGGGUGAUCCGGGGAAUCAACCUGCACCAGCCACUGACUUCUUCACUGUCACAUCUUCGGUGGUUCUGGUCGCUUCGGCUGCGCUCCCAUGGCAAACCUCCCUUGCAUCGACUGAACAGGAUCAAGUACCCCCGUCGUCACCAGUCACUGUUCAGCAACCCCCCGAGAGCCCCCUUCCUCCGUCAGCUUUUGUCCCAAUCGACCCGCCAACUACUUCUCCUGGCGAGCUCCUGGACUCGGCAUCAACUUCAACUGCCCAAGUUCCUACCAGUCUCACUUGGACUGAAGACGAACCUCCCACGACCCCGGUAACUGACCCAGAGUCACUCUCAGAUGGGUCCGGAAUCAUGUCGGAGUUUCAAGCAGAAUCUCCCACCAGCGAAACUCUAGUGACAGAGACUGGUCCUGUGCCUACCCCUUCCCCAACUGUUGAUGAGGUGGGUGUCUCAGAGGCAAACCAGUUUGAGAUCUCAUUGUUUGUCAGACUGAGUGGAUUGCUCUUCAUUGCGGUGGUACUCAUUUGAGGCUGAACAGCUGGGGACACUCAUUAAAGAUGGAAGUCUGAUAUGAUGAGUUUGUGGAGACAGUGUGGCAGUAUGAUGAUAUCGGUAAUAUCAAGACUGUUUAUGGUCGGUGGAUUAUGGAGGAAUCUUUUUGUAAGACAGAGCAGAGAUUAAACGAAUCUCAGAAGCAUCGAGCAGCUGGAGUCAAGCUGUAUGAACUCAGGUUGACAAUGAUCAUCAAAUGGAAUGAUAAUUCAUAAAU